UGCCGUUGUCGCAGUGGGCAGGUUUUAGGGCACACCCAGUCAAACAUUUGCAACUUUGUCCGUUUUGUUCCCACACCAGCAUUAUGAAGCCUAAUGGACAAAAAAGGAUCCGAUCAAUGCAAAGUGUUUCGCAAGCUUCAAUAUAAACAAACAGACAUUCACACUAGAAAACAAGACAAUGUAGAAACAAGACUUUGCUUUUUGCUCACUGUUGAUACGCACAAAAAAAAAAAUGUGAACAGUGCAGAAAAGAUUAAAUCAUUACAAGAAGAUCAACAACAACAACAAAAGAAUUGGGGAGGCGUGUCGAAGAAAGACAGAGGCGGCGCUUGCGAACAGGUGUACUGGGAUUGACAAGGCAUUGCCAUGGAGACAACCUGUGAUGUCAACCAGGUACGGUGUGAAUGACAGCGAGCUCAGUCCUCGGCCGGUCAGGAUCCAGGCUCGGUGAGAAGUGAAGGGGGAGGGAGGGAGCGGUUCUGAAACUCCAGGAGCAAGAUCAGAUCGUCGUUCGGUGCCUGCUGUCUGACAACACUCUACAGCAGGAUACAGCACCGGCAGCGCUUUGCAAAAGUCAAAAACAAAACUGGGAGCUAAAGCAGCGGAGCUCAGUGCAGCACUUGGCACUGUCCCUAGUGAAGGUAUCUCCUGUGCUGCGCGGUUGCUCCGGGUUGUGUUCCAAUAUAUUGUCCAGGAGGCGAGUUCAGCGACUGUAGCGGUUCUCCUGAACCACAAAGGACAUCUGUGUGGAAGGAACAGAAAACGCUUGACUUGAGCGAUUGUAUUUCUGAUGCAGUUGCGGGCAGUGUGGUUUGUCAAACCAAAGCACAGUUUAACACUGAGUGGACUAUGGAGCCGGUGACAUCUGAGAAACUUGCCACUUUGAUCCCGCUGACGUUGCUCUGGGCAAUAUUAGGUGAGGUGUGCCCAGCAGCCAGCAUGGAAACGACGCAAACCAACAUAGUGGUGUUGGAAGGACACACGGCAAUUCUGCCAGCCUGGUACUCCUCCAGCUCCUCUGACUUGAGUAAAAACACUGUGGUCUGGACCAUCGACUCCUUGGGUUAUAAACAGCUGAUCUCGUACUCUGGGGGUCAGCACAGCCAGGGAGAUAACCGCGUGGGGUUCGUGCGCACCAUGCCUUCCAGCAAUGUCUCCAUCUACAUCAACAACACAAAAGAGAGCGAUUCUGGACGCUACUCCUACAACGUUGUCAUCCCAGGACAGCCGGGCUACUCUGGGGGAAUAAACCUCACCGUUCACGUGCCUCCCUCUGUCCCGGUUUGCUCAAUGAGAGGCGAAGCUGUAAUUAAAGGCAAUGUGACUCUGAGCUGCCAGUCAAGAAGUGGUAAACCGAUCCCUGUUUACAGCUGGGAGAAGAAAGCUCCCACUUUACAAGUCUUCUUCCCUCCCAUCCAGGACUCGCGGAGUGGGACCCUGCAGCUGACUAACCUGACCAAGCAGAUGUCUGGAAUGUACAUGUGCAUGGCGAGCAACUCUGCCGGGAGUGAGUCCUGCUACUUCAACCUGGAAGUCUCUGAACCGGUGAACGCAGGGAUGAUAGCUGGAGUGGUGGUGGGCACGGUGCUCGGGGUGCUGAUUAUCAUUCUCGUCGUCUACUUCUGCCUGAAACUCCGACGACACUCUGGGGAGGACAUGGCCAACGAAAUCAAGGAGGAUGCCCCGGCACCCAGGCGGGUCUCGUGGUCUAAGAGUGGCGCUGGCUCGGACAUCGUCUCCAGAAACGGCACCCUCUCCUCCAUCACCACCCACACUCGGGGUCCCGGGCACCCCCCGCACAACUACCCCCCCAAACCUGCCUCCGACACCACCUCUAUCAUCACGACAGCCGGCAGCACCAUUGGCUACCGACCAGGCCUGUACCUGCCACGUGGGGGUGAGCCGGGCUACAACCAUAACAUCAAUGAGAGAGGGCAGCCAGGGCUUGCAAGCAUGCCUACCGCCAAUGGAAACUCUGCACCCCGGACUGACGGGGCUCAACCCCAGGCCCCGCGGCCGGCUGUUGUCACCGGGGUCUCGUCCUCUAACAUCAUGAGGAUGGGAGGCAUUCCCGUCAUGGUGCCAGCACAGAACCAGGCUGGCUCUCUGGUGUAGCGGAACGCACCCAGCUCUCCUUUGUAAAAAAAAAAAAAUGUUUGUACAGUACAGCUGGAAAAGAAAGAGAUCACAAUGCGAAGAAUCUGAAGGGCGCAUAUAUAUAUAUAUAUAUAUA